AUGGGGACCUGUAUUGCAGUGGCUGCAGCAGGAUUGGCAUCGACCCUAAUGCGCAGAGAUAAGCCCGCCGCCCGCUGUUGCGGCAUUGUUGGGUACAUUGGGACAGGUGAUGUAGAGCCAGUUCUCAUGGAAGGAAUCGAAAUUUUGCAGAACAGGGGAUACGAUAGCUGUGGGAUGACCACAAUUGGGAACGAUGGGCAGCUUACUACAACGAAGUUUGCCAGCAGGGGAACAACAAGUGACUGCAUACAGCUCCUGAAGAGAGAAGCGCCCAGCCAGCAUGGAGGCCACCACAUUGGCAUAGCGCACACUCGCUGGGCGACUCACGGUGGCAAAACUGACACCAACGCGCACCCUCACAUGGACUGGAAAAAGCGAAUUUCACUAGUUCACAACGGAACCAUCGAUAACUUCGCGCAGCUAAAAAAAGACCUCAUAGCUAAGGGUUGUGUGUUCGUGACGGAAACGGACUCGGAAGUCAUUGCAAACCUCAUAGGUUACCAGCUGGACCUUGGGCGUUCAUUUGAAGACGCUGUGGCAGAAAGCGUUUCUCAGCUGCAGGGCACUUGGGGUCUCUGCGUAAUUCACAAAGACUACCCGGAUCGAAUUGUACUCGCACGCAACGGCUCGCCAUUGCUGGUCGGCAGCAGUGACGGGCAGGUGUUCAUUGCAUCUGAGCCGGCCGCCCUGGCGAGACAUACUAGCCAAUACCUCAUGCUUAAGGAUGGAGAAAUAGCAAUUGUUACAAGCAAGGGAAUUGACCAACUCCUAGAGUCACGAGAUAUGCACCGCAUCUCUUCUGAAACAGUAGCAACCUCUCCAGAUCCAUUUCCUCACUGGACUUUGAAGGAAAUAUUUGAGCAGCCGCAGAGCCUUGCCCGCGCCCUUAACUACGGCGGGCGAAUAAUGGCUCAUGGCAACCGAGUUAAGCUGGGUGGUUUGGACCAGAACACUGACCUGCUGGCAAUACGUAAUUUGUUGCUAGCGGGAUGCGGCACCUCUCUGUAUGCGGCCAUGUACGGGGAGCAACUUAUGCAGUGGCUGGCUUGUUUUGAUCAAGUACGCGCCAUAGAUGCGACUGAACUGGAACAACAUUCCCUGCCCAAGCACGAUGCUGGAAUCCUCUUGCUCUCCCAGUCAGGAGAAACGCUCGACACUAUUCGCGCCUGCCAAGUUGCCGACGAGCACGGCGUGAGAAAGUUCUCGAUCGUAAACUCAGUUGGGUCUCUUUUAGCGCGUAUGACAUCCUGUGGUGUGUACCUCAAUGCUGGUAGAGAAGUUGCGGUCGCCUCCACAAAGGCCUUCACGUCUCAAGUAACCGUGCUUGCUUUGGUGGCGAGCUGGUUUUGGCAGAACUUGCGGAGCGAAGAAUAUCCAGAUCGUUGCAGUGCUCUUCUCGAUGCGCUGCACCGGCUUCCCGUGUAUGCCGGUAUGACGCUGAAUGCUCAUGGAGCUUGCAAGCGUAUUGCUGAGAAGUUGAAAGAUUCACAGACACUGUUUGUGCUCGGUAAAGGAUUCGGGUAUCCAGUGGCUCUGGAGGGCGCACUUAAGAUAAAGGAAAUCUCAUACAUCCACGCAGAAGGGUUUGCAGGGGGUGCUUUGAAGCACGGGCCAUUUGCUUUGAUCGAUGACAAGGAACAAACUCCCGUAAUUAUGAUUGUUCUCGGGGACCAGCAUGCGGCACUGAUGCUCAACGCGGCUCAGCAAGUGAAGGCGAGAGGUGCAUACCUGAUCUGCUUAACCGACUUCCCUGAGCUGGUGCAGGAUGUCGCAGACGACUACAUCGUUAUCCCAAGUAAUGGGCCUCUUACAGCACUGCUCGCCGCGGUCCCUUUGCAGCUCUUGGCGUAUGAACUCUCUAUUGCCAGGGGAAUAAACCCGGACAAGCCUAGGGGCCUCGCAAAGACAGUAACAGUCAGCUAG